AUGGAUUCUACUCUUUUGAGAAUUCCACAGGAGCUGCAAGUCCGAAUCUUGUCUAAUCUCGUAACACAUGACUUUAAAGACAUUUUGAAUAUUCUUUGCACCUGCAAGAAACUUCACGAAAUUGCACUGCCGCUCUCGGUAGCAACGUUCGAAGUACACACGCCAAAUGAACCUGACAACAAUGACUUGCAUAUGCGAACUCGACUGUUCAAGUUUCUUCGAUAUAUCACCAUCACCAAGCCCGGUCUGGCCAGCCAUGUCAGGACACUCGUGUUAGAGCGAUGGCUGUUAGGUAGCUACCAGGAACACAUUGGUCCCCCGGGGCCCAGAGCGGAUGAUAUGCUUGUGUAUAAUCAACUGAUCCGGAGGGCAGUCGCCAGUCAUUAUGACACGGCCAAUGAGCAAUCCAAAGUUUCCAGAUGGACCUCAGAUCUCCUAGCAGGGAUGCCAGAUGCUAUCUUUGCUCUGUUACUCGUGGCCUGCACGGGCUUGAAGGAACUUUGCUUCUCUGAGCCCAGAGUAAGAGACGACAGACUUGAAGACGGGAUGCUUGAAGUCACCAUCUAUUCUCACCUUCAGUAUGUUCUUCGACUGGCAACUGAAACAGACCCCUCCGUGGAAGGCGAGCCAAGUCAUCCGGCCCCUCUUUCCCUUCUGGAACGUGUUUAUCAUGAAGGGGUUCGGCGGUAUGGAUAUGACAAUUGGCUUGGUCACGCUCUGCCUUUCCUUCAGUUACCUCGUCUGCGCACUUACGAAUGUCUAUAUGGCAAUAUCCUCGAGGAAGAGGCUAUACUUCCCGCGUUCCUGGGGCCAUCAUCGUCCAGAGUUAGAGAUCUCGUGUUUCGCUCGUCGUGUAUCUCCAAAAACUCUCUUGGAACAAUGCUAGCUGCUGCCAGGUCCCUUCGUUCCUUUGAGUAUAUCCGAGGGCUGUCAGAUGUCGAUUCCCGUUAUAGAGCAGCCAUGCCUCGCGAUAUUAUUGAAGCCAUUCAAAGUCAUGCCGCGGACCUGGAACAUCUCACUCUUGACCUGAACGAUGACACCUACCGAAGAAGCUGGCUCGAUCAACCGGAUAGAAUAUUCAUGGGGGACAAACUGCAACAAAUGGCGAACCUGAAAAGCCUCGUCAUCGGGAUGCUUCCACUCACCGGAAUCAUCGACAGCGAACCAAAUCAGAGUCAGCUUCAUGGGCCCGCGGAGACUGGCCAGUCGUAUAGAAAGGUUCAAGAAACACGACGCUUGGUAGAGUGCCUGCCCGAAAGCCUCGAACGACUAGAGAUCCUUUGCUGCGGAAUGGGAAUUCUUGGUGAGGCACAACAACUAUUGGAUUUCAUCUCCCUGGGGCAAUUCGAGCAUCUGACUUUCGUCCGGUUUGUCUUUAAUUGUGGAACUACGAAUCCGAGGCUUGUUGAUUUGACAUGCAGAUCAUCUUCGUUGCGCGUUGAGACUGCAUUUCAGACCAAGGGCCACCGAGACUUUGACCUGGGCCAGUCCUGGACAUACGAGGUGAGCCCUUGCUCACGGCUCCAUCCACCCACUAUUAACUACUAUGAGGACUGGCACAAAUAUCGAUACACUGGCGAAAUGACGAUUGAAGAGCUUUUCAGCAACAUGUAG